CAACAAUCACUAAAAAUACUAUAAUCGAAGCAAGGCAAUCAUGCUAAUAAAAAAAUUCAGCUAUGCAGCAUUUUUAAAUAUGCAAUUUUUGAUCAAGAAUACCAGCAUUCUGCCAUGAAAUAACAUUAGACAAAUAAGGGGCUCAAGAUUAAUGUUCUAACAUUAAAAUUAAUGGGCAAUAACUGUACAUGUUGGAAAUACGACUUGCAAAAUCAAAGAGAGCAAGAAAAAAGAUCCAAACCGAAAUGGCAGAGCUUAGAGUUCUUGAAAUCAUAGGAGCACAAAAUAGUUAAAAUGCAGUCUUGGAUUCGUGGGUGGUAAGCGCGUUAACGAGUUUGGAAGAUUCAAUUGCAGAAAUAUAAUGACAGCGUCAAUGAAUAGUUGAGAACGUAGCCUCACUUUUAACAGUAGAUAUUCCGCCAGCGUGAUCAAUGUGGGAUCUAAACAACUACCUCCAUUUGAUUUUGGAAUUGACGAUAUUAAUGAUUCUCUAGUUCAUUAAAAAGUACUCAAAGCACCAAUCAAAUUAGAAAACGGGGCCACCUAUUUUGGAGAAUGGAUCAAUGAUUUAAGACAUGGCAAAGGAAUCCUGAUCUGUGAUGUAAAUUCCAUUUAAUUAUAAUAGGAUGGUUCAAAAUAUGAAGGCUAUUUUUACCAAGGAAAUGCCCAUGGGAGAGGCAGGUUAAUACAUUCGAAUGGGGAAGUUUAUGAGGGACAAUGGGAAAAUGAUGAGGCACAUGGUUAAGGAACCUAUAUUCACGAAGAUGGAGCAACUUAUUUAGGAUAGUGGGAACACAAUUUGUAGUAAGGAAAGGGAAGUGAGAAAUGGCCAGACGGAAGGUUAGGUUCACUUUUAACUUUAGUUAUUUUGAGGGAGCCUAUAAGCAAGGCAAAAAGGAGGGAUUGGGAAAGUUUGUUUGGGCAGACGGAGCAAUCUACGAUGGAGAAUUCAGAAGCAAUAAUAUAGAUGGGUAUGGAAAGUACUCUUGGCCAGAUGGAAAAUAAUAUAUAGGUUAUUGGUAAAAUAACAAAAAGUAAUUUAAAUAGUAAAUUAAUAGAAAUGGCAAAGGGAAGUACAUCUGGCCUGAUGGAAAGGUUUAUGACGGAGAUUUUGUGUUUGAUUAAAAGCAUGGUUAGGGAAUAUUGAGAUUCCCAGAUGGAAGAGCUUAUGAAGGAGAAUGGUAAUAAGAUAAACAACAUGGAAGAGCCAUAUUAAAAUUACCUAAUGGCAAAACUUCCUUUGGAGAAUGGAAGAAUGGAAUACGUAUCAAUUGA